GCUUCAGUGCACUACACGCCAACGCCCACAGCCUACACCGAGUCCUCAAGACAUAAUAAUAUAAACCAUGGGUAGGGUUAUCAGGGCUCAGAGGCGCUCGCAUGCCAUCUUCAAAGCACACACCCACCACAACAAGGCCCCCGCCAAGCUUCGUACGCUCGAUUUCGCCGAACGCAAUGGCUACGUCCGGGGUAUUGUCAAAGAAAUCAUUCACGAUCCCGGCCGCGGCGCACCCCUCGCACGCGUCGUAUUCCGUGACCCCUACCGCUACAAGCUCCGCAAGGAGACCUUCAUUGCCACGGAAGGCAUGCACACCGGCUCAUUCGUGUACUGCGGAAAGAAGGCCGCCCUUACUGUCGGUAACGUCCUUCCCGUGAGCCAAUGCCCAGAAGGUACCAUCGUCUGCAACGUCGAGGAGAAAGUUGGCGACCGUGGUGCUCUCGCUCGUACGUCUGGCAACUACGCAACCGUCAUUGGCCACUCGCCAGAGGACAACAAGACCCGUAUUCGUCUGCCUAGUGGUGCGAAGAAGACUGUGUCUGGGGGUGCACGGGCCACUGUUGGAAUCGUUGCUGGUGGUGGACGUAUCGAUAAGCCAUUGCUUAAGGCUGGUCGCGCAUAUCAUAAAUACAAGGCUAAGCGCAACAGCUGGCCUCGUACUCGUGGUGUUGCUAUGAACCCCGUCGACCAUCCUCACGGUGGUGGUAACCACCAGCACAUCGGAAAAGCCUCGACAGUUCCUCGCUCUGCGGUUCCUGGACAGAAAGUCGGUCUUAUUGCCGCUCGCCGGACUGGUCUGCUACGCGGUACCGUCAAGGUCAAGGAGGUCUAAGAGGUCGGAUGUUUUUUUUCUACAUAUCACUCGCUAUGCUUUACGACCCCAUACAUCCCUCAAAAUACUUGUAUGCAUCCGCAUAUGCCCUACGAUCAUGCACACUGCCCUUAACAUGCUAUUUAGCACUGUGUGAUGAUGGGCCUAUUUGCUUGCGUCUUUGUUAGUGAUGAAACUUCGGUGGUUGGCAUAUGAGAAGCAGAGACCGUUGCUCUUGUUUCAGGAUUGUAUACCCAGGACGAAACGCUUGCUCUCGUUGAGCUCCUUGAGUCAAUCAAUCUACAUAUAAACGUGUUUCUAACUUCUUGCAAACUUCUCGAGUCCAAACGGCAUGUUAUGAACUAGACUAGGUGUUCCGCAGUUAGAAAGACGAAGACUAUUGGAAUAUGUAGCUUUGACGCGGCACCCUGAUGUUAAAGCGCACAGAUUUAAAUUUCAAGUCUUGUUUUCGUA